GGGGAGGAGACAAGAGAUGUUGACACUCAAGGACAUCUUGCAUGGCGAGCCUGACGAUGUCCAUUUAUUUACAAAUAUACCUCAAGUUUUGGGAACUGUAAUUUAUUUGGCGCAACAUUAAAACGGUACGACAGACGGACUCUACCGCCUUUUGGACUCUGCUGUGCCUUUUGGACUCUGCCGUGCCUGGUGAUACUGCCCGGAUUUAAAUGGGAAACGUCGUUACCGUGAAUGUUUUUCUGUUUUUUGUUUUUUCCGUCGUUUUGGAUUAAUUGUCGCUACCAAUAAUAUAAAUGAAUAUAUUUAUUAUUAUAAAUUAAUAUAACCUGAGCGCCAACGUUAGGCUGAAAAUUAACCAUCCAUUUUACAUUUUCUACCGCUUGUCCCUGAUAUAUAUUCGUGGACUAUUUCGCCUAAACGACGUUGUCGAUACCUAUGCUGUAGUCUUUCGAAGCCCACACAGUAAAGAAGAGCGACAUGGAGGUCAACACGAUCCACUGGUUCCGAAAGGGACUGAGGCUGCACGACAAUCCGUCUUUGAGGGACUCUAUCCGGGGUGCAGACACUUUACGCUGCAUCUACAUUCUGGACCCCUGGUUUGCAGGGUCGUCAAACGUGGGCAUCAACAGGUGGAGGUUUUUGUUACAUUGCUUAGAGGACUUGGAUGCCAGUCUGCGCAAACUCAACUCACGAUUAUUUGUCAUCCGAGGUCAACCCACAGAUGUCUUCCCUCGAAUAUUUAAGGAAUGGCAGAUCAGCCAUUUAUCCUAUGAAUACGACUCUGAACCUUUUGGCAAGGAACGGGAUGCCGCUAUUCAAAAGCUUGCUAGUGAAGCGGGAGUUGAGGUCAUGGUACGGAUUUCACACACCCUCUAUGAUCUGGAUAAGAUCACGGAAUCUAAUGGUGGUCAGCCUCCUCUCACCUACAAGCGUUUCCAGGCCCUCAUCAAUUGUAUGGAGGCUGUGGACUCUCCUGCAGAGACAAUCACAUCAGAAGUCCUCAAAAACUGUGCCACGCCCAUCAGAGAUGACCAUGACGAAAAGUUUGGAGUGCCAUCAUUAGAGGAACUCGGUUUCGAGACAGAGGGCCUAGCAACAGCAGUAUGGCCUGGGGGAGAAACAGAAGCCCUCUUGAGAUUAGAGAGACAUCUGGAGAGAAAGGCAUGGGUGGCAAAUUUUGAGCGUCCUCGAAUGAACGCCAACUCGCUCCUGGCAAGUCCUACUGGCCUCAGCGCCUACCUUCGCUUUGGAUGCUUGUCUUGCCGACUUUUCUAUUUUAAGCUUACUGACCUAUACAUGAAGGUGAAGAAGAACAGCACACCACCACUUUCUUUGUAUGGCCAGCUACUGUGGAGGGAGUUCUUCUAUACCACCGCCACCAACAACCCCUGUUUUGAUAAGAUGGAGGGAAAUCCUGUAUGUGUCCAAAUUCCCUGGGACCGUAACCCAGAGGCUUUGGCCAAGUGGGCAGAAGGACAUACUGGCUUUCCUUGGAUAGAUGCCAUCAUGACCCAGUUGAGGCAGGAGGGGUGGAUACAUCAUUUGGCCCGGCACGCCGUGGCCUGCUUCCUCACCAGGGGAGACCUUUGGAUCAACUGGGAAGAAGGCAUGAGGGUUUUUGAGGAGUUGCUGUUGGAUGCAGAUUGGAGCGUGAAUGCUGGCAGCUGGAUGUGGCUUUCUUGCAGUUCCUUUUUCCAGCAGUUUUUUCACUGCUACUGCCCAGUGGGAUUUGGACGACGAGCAGACCCUAAUGGCGACUAUAUAAGGCGUUAUUUGCCCAUAUUGAGAGGCUUUCCAGCAAAAUAUAUAUAUGAUCCAUGGAAUGCCCCAGAGGAGCUACAGAAGGCCGCCAAGUGUGUCAUCGGCGUCCACUAUCCAAAGCCUAUGGUGAACCACGCUGAGGCCAGCCGCAUCAACAUAGAAAGGAUGAAGCAAAUUUAUCAGCAGCUGUCUUGCUACAGAGGACUAUGUAUGUUGGCAACGGUUCCACAUAAUCCUAACAACGGGACAAAUGACAGCAAUGUGGGAGGACUAAACCUAGAAACUAGUCAAGGGCCCGGAGGUUCACCAGAAGAUGUCUCCGUACAGAAAGGGACAUCUCAAGCAGAUAGAGGGCACUCUACGCAGAAGCGACGGCGUGAAGAAGACCCAGCUGAAAGGAACUCCAAAUACUUGAGGCAAAGCAAGUAGCUUUGCAAAAGACAAGAUACAGAGAAUCCCUCAGUUGGUCUGGACGACAUCCUCUCCUGCUGUGCCUUCAGCAAACUUUUAAGAAGAAGUGGAACAUACUCUCCCCACAGGAGAACUCUUGAUUCUCUGCUUAACUUUGUCAUGAGUGGUGACUAUCCUACUAUCCUGAUAUUAUAUCAGAUCAGACUUGUUUGUCACAAGUAUACAAUACUGUCAGUUCUGCAGAGUAUUAAUUUGCUUAAUAGGCAUCAGACAUUCCAGAAAUGUGGCUUCAGGUGAAGUGUUCCACCAUGUUUACAUUCUCACAAUAUUCUAUGUUAAUCAGCAUAACAUGAAUAUUGUAGGUAAUAACGUAAAAACAAGACCUAUGUUUUUUUUCUGCUAAGAAGCUGGACCCCGAAGACAACAUUCUUGUUUUUAUGUUACGGGUUAUUGCCUUGACCUCAAUGGUUACUCGAAUGGACAAAACUGGCUUUAUUUAAGGUUAAAACUGUAUUAAGUGUUACUGAAUGCAGCUGAGCUCCAGCACCCCCCGCGACCCUAGUAGAAAAUGGAUGGUUGCAUGCAAGCGCUAUAAUAUUUAAAUCUAUAGGUCUUCUCCUCAUGCCAGAAAUGUAAACCUUUACCACCUGUGUUUGACCCCAAACCAAAUUCAAAAAUCCCACAAUUCUUUGCGAGCAUGUCCAACGACAACUACCGUCUGAUGCACUUUCCAAUUAUUUCACCUAAUAUAUAAGAUGAUACAAGAAUGGACCAGGUGUAAGAACCAGAAAAAAACACUUUGGUUCGGAA